CCUUACGGGGUGCGUCAGUCGUCAUUUAGAGCAGCACUAGACGGCCGAGAACGAUCGAUCGAUCAUUCGUUCGCAACGAUGUUUGGGCACGGUCUCGCCACAUCUUCGAUCGUGUUCCUGCUGGGAUGGAUCACAUUGCUGUUAAAUCACGUACUACCGGCAGGUAUUACACGAUGUCACUGUUACCUUUUGAAAUCAUCGUUUGAGUGCGGCAAGGAAUCGGUCAACGUAGAAAACAGGCUUAAAAGCGCACUUCUUUGCAAUGGCUACCGUACGCAUACGCGUCCAAGAAAGGAUAACACUCAGUCGGUGAACGUAACCUUGUCUUACUACGUGCUAACUUAUGAUUUUGACGAAACGGAUGACCUGCUGAAGCUGGGCGUGUGGAUGGAUUUGCAAUGGACAGACGAGUUUCUAAGCUGGAACAGCACGCAAUGGAGCGGCAUAGAGCGUUUAGCGAUCAAUUCGGAGGAGAUCUGGUUACCAGACUUUCGGCAUUAUUCGUCCUACUACAAUCCAGAGGAGUUGCCCGAUUGUGCCAACCCGAAAUGUUCCGUUGCGAUGAAUGGUACGGUAAUUUGUCUGCCCGUGUGUAGCAUGAACGCCAAAUGUGAUGCAGACUAUUCGCGCUGGCCAUUCGAUACGGUUCGGUGCAGCAUGUGGUACGGGACGUGGUCCCACUCGAUGGACGAAGUUGACAUACACACAGUGGAUGUUUGUUUAGGCAGAAAUUACGAAUUUCAAAGUGCUAAAUGGGGUGUAGUUUCGCUUGAAAAGGGCCGAUCAACACUUCAAGCAGAUAAAUACAUUUAUCCUGUUCUAAAUAUAGAUGUGCUGUUAAUUAGACGUGCUAGUUUCGAGCACGUGGCUAUCGUUGGACCAAUAUUGGUGUUAGCAAUACUGAAUGCCUACAUCGUUUGGCUACGUUCCAGCAGUUUCGAAAGGAAAGUUUUGCUUGCCUUGUCUACGUUCUCACACUUUAGCUACCUAAAACAACUGGAAUGGGCGCUCCCGUUCAGCCGCGAUACCUUACCAAGUUGCAUGAUCUUUUUAACGUGUUCUACUGUCCUGAGCGUUGUCCUGCUGAUUUUGACCUUACUUAACUGCUGGAUUCGUACGCGGCGCUACGAUGCAUCUGUGACGGGAUCUUUCAUUGAUCGUAUAACAGGAUCAUUUUCGCAGAGCCGCGUCGCUGAGCUGCUACUGGCUGCUGACUAUCUGGAACUAAACUACACAGUGGAUGUGACACUAGAGGAGAAAGACAACUUUUGGGCGAGGUUUGGAAAGUUAUUCGAUCGUGCUCUGGCGAUUGUUUGCGUCAUUGUUUAUGUUGUGCUUACAUUCCUGUUCAUACCCUUCAGCCAUCGGUUGGUCGAACGGUCUGGAGUGAAUUGUCUCAUAUCGGCAUAGUUUUCAUGUUUUAGAAGGAAAAUAAAACAUACACAAACACA